AUGAGUGAUGUACAGUUUGAAGAACACGGGACCAAGGACAGACUCCCAAGGAACUCCAUAGCAAAGGGUAGUCACAGGAGACUGCAUGCCAGUGAUGAAUACAGCUUGUCCUCUGUUGGAAAGAUUAUUUCUUUCUGUAGACUAAUAAACGGACCCAAGAUUUGUGAACCCGUCAAAUUUGAUGUUCCAAAUCAGCCAGAUAGUGUUCUAAUAUCCAUGAAAGCCGGACAAAGCAAGAAACUGGAGGCCAAUUGUUCAUUCAGGUUGGAUUUCCCAACUCAUCAUAGAAAAGAGAACGUUCCUCCACAAGAACACGGUGCAACAAGUUUACAGGCGCAGCAGACAUCAGAUGAAACCUUACGAAUCAAUCCAGCUCGAGAGAGGGACUUUGAUGGCAUUAUGACAACCGUUGCAAAAAAGGUCUCACGACCGGAGAUAGAUGAUCUUGGAAAUGCUCUUGGCUUCGGACCAGAGGAUAUCAACCGUUAUGUUGAGGAGAACAACAAAGGACCGGGCGUCUCGUACAUGGGAACACUUUCAAUGCUCCGUAGUUGGAGAAAGAAGCAAACAAAGAAUACAGAGCAGAAAGCCUUGCAGUCUGCUCUAGAAGAGGCUGGUCAAAUCCAUCUCGCUGAUGAACUAUUUGGUUAAUGAUUUAAUGGAACUCAUGAUUUUUGUGAUCUAUGAACUAUGUUAAAAAGAAGGAUUAGAUAGAGGAAGUCAGUUGGCAGGUCCUCAAAAAGUAGCUUCUUUUAUCCUAGUAAUGUUCAUGAUGAGAGGAUGUUUGCAUUAUUUUCAUGCAACCUAAGUUGUUCUUUUAUACUUAAUUUCUGUUUGAGCACAAAUGAUCUUUAAAUUAUGAUACAGCUGAAGAUCUAAGCUUUGAUAUGAUAUUGGUUUUAUAAUAAGAAGUAUUUUAGAUGGGUCACCAGCCAGCUUUUCAUAGGCCAAGUACAUUUAGCAGCUUAUAAAACAAUACUACUUCACUCUGAUUAGUCAUAGAGACCACACACCCACGCAAACCCGAACAUACCACACUGGGCAUCUGCAAGAUCACACUCACAAUGUGGUUAUCUCUUCGAAUUACACGCGCCUGUUGUUUUGAAAACAUUAUUCAGCCAAUCAAAACUCUGGAUUUUAUACUUCUCAGAAAUACCAGAAAUUUCCUCUCGUAUCUUGAUGGAAAAAGUUGGAUGCUGACCCAUCUAAGAGGUGCCACAUACAGAAGAAGAAAAUUCCGUUUGAGGCAUCUAUUCAGGCCUGAAAUUCACUUAUCAAAUUAUUUUAUUCAAAAGAAACGACCAAUAUAAAAGAGUAACAUUUACCCUUUCCUAUGGUAUAAGAAUAAUCAAUAUUAUUUGAAUAAAAAGUGGUUAAAUUCUUUCAGAUUUGAAGUCUCACAAUUCACGAGAUUGUGCAGGAAUAUCUUGCUCAUUUGCUUACUAGCAUAGGGAAAGAAACAGAAAGAAUGAGAGAAAGAUAAACAAGAUGAGUUUAAUAUGACGUUUGUAGCUGAGAAGGGGUGUGCGAACAUGCACGGAUGAGGAUGUGUCUGUGUGUGUAAGAUCAAAUGUUAUUGAUUCGUUGUGUUUAUGGGAGUAUGUGUGUGUGAGGGUGUGUGCGGGUAAGUGUGUGUGUAAUUGACGCAGCUGAUUGCAAGGUGUUUAUUUGCAUUUUAUGAAUAUUGUAUCAUAGAGUCAAUGCAGUUCAUUGAAAUAAUCUGAUCUGAAGUUUUUUAAUAUGUAUUUGGUUAUGUUAACGAAAUUCUUGGAAACUCAUUAAUUCAUGAUUUAUGUACUGUAUUUCAAAAUGAUGAAAUACGCAUUUUUAAUUAUUUUCUUUUUUGGAUAUGUACUAAAAUUUGAUACGCAGAGAGGCAUUGCAAGUUGUCGUAAUUUAUAUUUUGUACUGUAUUUAUUGAUUUUCUGUACAUAGUGAAAUAUAUCACAAAGGAUGCCAAUCAUGAAAAUUGAUAACAAGAUAGAAAAGAGAACAAAUUUGAACUUUAUCAAAAGGUCGAACUGCCUUUGCGAACGUACACGGAUGAGCGUGUGUCUGUGUGUGUAAGAUCAAAUGAUAUUGAUUCGUUGUGUUUAUGGGAGUAGGGGUAUAUGAAGGUGUGUGAGUGUGUGUGUAAGGGCAGGCAUGUUUUAAUUGACGCAGCUGAUUGAAAGGUUUUUUAUUUGCAUUUAAUGUAUUCUAUCAUAGGGUCAAUGCAGCUCAUUGAUAAAAUCUGAGCUUAAGUUUAUUUACAUUAAUUAAGGAAACUCAUUAAUUCGUGAUUUAUGUACUGUAUUUGAAUUAAUAAAUAUAAAUUUGUUAUUAUUAUCUGAUUUAGAUAUGUACUAAAUUCGAUAAAAGUAAUAAUAUUGCGUUAUUGAUAUAAACGACUUGUUAUCAAAAGUACUACGCAGAGAGGCAUUGAAAAUUGUCAUAAUUAAUAUUUUGUACUGUAUUUAUUGAUUUUUAUGUACAUUGUGAAAUAUACCACAAAGCAUGUCAAUCAUGAAUAUUAAUAACAAAAUAGAAAAGAGAACAAAUUCAAACUUUGCUCAAUAGAUCGAACUGCCUUUGUCCAAAAAUCCCAGAAAAGCUGCAUGCUUGUAUGAGAGGCAAGCCCUGAAACUUAGUGUUAGUGUUAUAAUAUAUAGUAAAACUUCAAAUCUUAUCAUGCAAUCUGUUAUAUUUUUUUUCAAAUCAAUUUAUCCACCUGUUUUUAAAUUGAUUUCAUUUCAUCGUUAAAAACAAAUAAAAAUACAUACUAAAUGAUACAUGUGAAAUUGACAAAUAAAAAUGGGAGGAUAGCCGGGCUCAGCAGUAUCAAUCAUGGUGUUGCUGGUCUACGGAUGGGUCAUCAGUUUCAAUUUGCCUCCGUUGCAAUGUCCUAUACAGAGUCACAUGUAUGCACGUUGAGAUUGUUCAUCAUUGAUUGCCACCCCCCCCCCCCACUAACAUUAAAAGAACUAAGUGUUCUAUCCAAAAAAUGACAAAGGGGUUCUAGUUUUUAUAACUUACAGCGGUUGAAAUGAAAUGACACAAGUCUUUCACAAAAAAAGAUGUUUGUUUUAGAUGUUUAGUAUCAUUUCUCUUAUGCGUGCAUUAGAUGCUGUGUCUGAAAUAUGUAAAUAUGUAAUAUACAUGCUUGCAUACGUUACACAAGUGAGUGAAACUUAUUACAUGAAUAAGUAACUUGUUGAGCUAUGCAUUAUCCAUUAGGAAUAUUUCAGAAUACAUUCUAAGAUUGACCUGUACAUAAGGCUUCGAC